AUGCACGCCCUCACCCGCUCCACACCGCUCGUGCGGGCCCUUGCCGCCCACAAGCACGCUCUCGCACGCCCUCUCUCGACCCUCCUCACCCCCGCAUCCCACCCGGCUCGCUGCACCUGCCCCCGCUGCGCCCCUCGCACUGCGCCUACUUCGACCGUCCCUACUCCCUCCCAGCCCUCCUCUUCUUCCCGUGGUGUUGCCAGCGUCGCCGGCUCAAACGCAGCGAGCCACCCGCGCGGCUGCGGCUGCGCGCGCUGUGCGCCCCGGACUAUCGCAGGCUCGAGUGGAAUCAUCGGCGCGCCUGUGAGGCCGACAGCGGCGGCUGCCAACGCCGUCGCAGGCGAGCGGGGCAUGAAGGUCAGGAGCUCGGUGAAGAAGCUGUGCAGCGGGUGCAAGAGCGUCAGGCGUCAGGGCGUCUUGUUCAUCCUAUGCGACCUCAACCCCAAGCACAAGCAGCGCCAGGGAUAG